UUGUUGCGCAUGCGUAGAAAAGAUUGUGCUUUGACACGCCGAACAUGUUAAUUUUACGUAUCAGAUACUUUUCCUGCACACGCUUCACAAAUGCUUAUUAUUAUACUACGAACAGAAUUCUCCACAUAGUCCGCCCGCCACUACUUCACUGGACUAAUAUAACAUUCUAUAAAUCCUCGUUUUUGGUCAAAUUCGUCUCUGUGCACUUCCAAGCAUAUCGGCCUCGUUUAGCUUAGCCUAGAGUGCUAGCCGAUACGAACGACUCGUUUGUGAGCCACACGUCGCUAAACGAAGAUCAAGUGUGAGCGUAAGGUGUUGUGAUCUUGUGAAAAUGUGUGCAAGAAGGACAGCAGAGUACGAGGAGGAACUUUGUGCAUCCAAAAAGGACAACGAUCGACUAUGUCAUCAACAACUGGAUGGUGUUUUCAAGAAGCCUCAAGUCGGGUCACACACGGCAGAUGUCAAUGAAGAUAUCUAUCCGUCUUCGUCAGACCUGCGAUCCGAGUUCCCACAGAUUAAAGAGGAAGUGAAGGAUAAAGAGCCCUCCCAAAUCAAAGAGGAGGGGGAAGAGUUCCUUUACAUUAAAGAGGAAGAGCAAGAGAACAUCAUCAAGGUUCUAUUGACUGAUGUCCCUUUGAUGGGUGAAGAUGACGAUGAAAGUCAAAGCGAGGAGAGCAGAGGCUCGGAGCCUUCAAGCAGCAGCAGCACCUUGAGUCAACACAUGACAACAGAAACUGAUGGAGACCACUGUGGACGAUCACAAGCAGGUGGACUCAUAGCGCCACUAUCAGAUAGCGAUGAUGCAACACCACACUCUCAUGAUGAGGAGGAGGAAGAUGGUGAUGACAAUACUAAUGAUUAUGAUGAUGAAGAAGAGUCUGAAGAUGAUACAAAAUGGCACAGUGCCAAGAAACGCUGGAAGUGUUCUCAGUGUGGGAAAACAUUUGGUUUUAAGAGCCGUUUAAAAAGUCAUAUGAUUAGCCACACUGGCGUGAAACCUUUUCCCUGCUCAGUUUGUGGUCAGAGAUUCUCUGAAAAAGGAAACCUAAGGAGGCACACGAGAACACACACUGGGGAAAAGCCUUUUGCCUGCUCAGUUUGUGGUCAAAGAUUCACUCAGAAGGGACCCUUAGUAUAUCACACAAGAACUCACACUGGGGAGAAACCUUUUUCAUGCUCAUUAUGUGGCCAAAGAUUCUCACAUAAGGGAUACUUAAAAAGUCACUUGAGAACCCACACCGGAGAGAAACCUUUUGUCUGCUCAAUAUGUGGUCUAAGUUUCUCUGAAAAUGGUACUUUGACAAAACACACAAAAACACAUACUGGAGAAAAACCAUUUGCAUGCUCAGUUUGCGGUCAAAGAUUCUCUCAUAAGGGAAACCUAAUAAGUCACACCGCAACCCACACUGGAGAGAAACCUUUUGUCUGCUCAAUAUGUGGUCAAAGAUUCUCUCGUCGACAUGCGUUGACAACACACACAAGAACACACACCGGAGAGAAACCUUUUGCCUGUUCAGUUUGUGGUCAGAGAUUUUCUCGUAGACACGUUUUGACAUCACAUGUAAGAACACACACUGGGGAGAAACCUUUUGAUUGCUCAGUGUGUGGUCAGAAAUUCUCUAAAAAGGCAUCCUUAAGAAGUCAUUCAAGAACACACACCGGUGAGAAGCCAUUUGCUUGCUCAGUUUGUGGCCUGCGAUUCUCUCAGAAGGGAACCUUAACAAGUCACACAAGGACGCACACUGGUGAAAAACCUUUUCCCUGCUCAGUUUGUGGGCAAAGGUUCUCUCAGAAGGGAACCUUAACAAGUCACACACGAAUCCACACGGGUGAGAAACCUUUUGCCUGCUUAGAUUGUGGUGAAAGAUUCUAUCAAAAGGGCAAAAUUAAGAGACACAAAUGUGUUGGUAACUGUAGAAGUGAUCAGUGAAAGUAGUACAUCCCGACAGUAUAUCUUAGGUCUUUGAAUUGUUUGCCAUGAAAUUGUUCUGGUUGUCCUGCAAGACGCUUCACAUUUGUAAAUUCCAUCUCCCUUCUUGCGUUUUGUAUAUCUUCUUGCAUUUUACAUACCUUCUCAAAAGUCUUCUGUGGACAAAUGUUUAGAUUUACGACUCAUGACAAAACCCUUAGUAUUGCAUCUUUGUCCAGUGAUUUUGUGCUAAGCAUAUCAAAUAAGGAAAUGAGUGAUAGAAAUAGACUCAGAAUAAACUUUGACUUCUGAUUUUGAGAUGGAAAAGUGUAAAUAUGAUCCUGAAUAAAAUACAACUCUUCAAAAAAAUGAGCUACUCAGUUUUUCAGGUUGGAUUCAUGAAUUAUGCUUCAAUCGAUUCCACACUGUUCAACAAUGUGAUAGUAAGAAAAAAAACUUAAUUCAAGGUCAAGUU